AACAUUUGCUUGCUCGCAUGCUCAAGCUUCAGUCGCCCUCAUCUUCCCUUCUAAGGUACCCAAAUAUCACGAUAUCAGACAAGGAACAAGUCCAUUUUGGACAGGGUGAUACGCGUUUGCUUUAUAUGAAACGAAAUUGCCAUUCGACUGCGCUGGACGGACACCCCCAAAUACUUUCAACUUGAAAGCGAACAGCGGGGCAAUCUUGUUGGUCUCCAUCUGAGUUCAGGGUCUCCUCAACCUUCACUCCGCCCAAGUCCGUCGCCGCAGACUAGACACGAGAGAGGACUUUCGGCUUCAGUGCUGUCGGAGCGACCUGCACCACUGAUCUUCACACGCAUCGUUACCCCUCCGCCGCGAUCCGACACCAGCUCGCCGUGAUGGAGCAAGAAUCCAUAUCCAUGUUCUGUGGCAUCACUGGCGCAAGCACAGAAGUGGCGCAGGGAUUCCUCAACUUAUCGAACAACGAUGUCUCACGAGCUAUCGAGCUGUUCUUCGAAAACCCCGAGCUUGCCUCCAACGUGCAGACCAGCGUCCCAAGUCGACCCGCAGCCACCAGUGGGACUACAACAACACGAGAAGGGUCCCGUGAGAUCAUUCAGAUCGACAGCGAUGACGACGAUAUAAUGCAAGUAGACGAUGAAAGCGACCAGGAUGACGGUCAAGCAGCGGCGCAACGGGCGGCUGCCAUGGCACAAGAAGACGAGGAUGCGGCAAUGGCCAGACGAUUACAGAACGAACUUUACGGUGAAGGUGGCGGCCAGUCUGGAGGAGCAGAUGGCAUGGGCGAGGAUGGCGUUCGGGCGCCGAUAGGCCGGACGACCGAGACACUUAUUGCACCCAACCCGGCAUGGGCAGACGAGGAGGAUGACGGCGGUGCCCACGCGGCGUUUCUCGAGCAAAUACGUCGCAGACGGGCUGCUCCUGGUCGCUCCGGAGGGCCCUUUGGACAGCGGAUCUGGGACGAUACGGAGCCUGUGCGAGGUGGUGAUGGCGAAGGCAGCACCCACACGCGCCGUCUUGCGGACCUUUUCCGACCACCGUAUGAUAUCAUGGAGCGCGACUUGGCAUGGGACGAUGUUCGCGCGUUGGGCAAGGAGGACAAGCGCUGGAUCAUGGUGAACCUGCAAGACAUGAGCGACUUCAACUGCCAGGCGCUCAACCGAGAUAUCUGGAAAGACGAAGCGGUCAAGGAGCUCAUCAAGGAUCAUUUCCUGUUCUUGCAGUACGACAAGGACUUUCACGAUGCCGGCGAGUACAUCAAUUUCUACUUUCCAGGGCGAACCCACGAGAACCCCGACAACUACCCACAUGUAUCCAUUAUCGAUCCUCGAACAGGCGAGCAGGUUAAGGUCUGGAGCGGGAGGCCCUUCCCAUCAGCUGCUACUUUCCACGCCGAGGUCGCCGAGUUUCUGGACCGUUACAGCUUGGCAGCGAACAGCAAGAACCCAGUCACCCACGCAGAAGCCAAGAAACCACAGCCCAUCGACGUCGACCGCAUGACGGAGGACGAGAUGUUGGAGAUGGCGCUGAAGAACAGCAUGGCUGGUGCUGCAAACAGUAGUGGUUCUUCUUCGACAGCCAACAUCUACGAUCCAGACUCUCUCACCAGACAGUCUGGGUCAGCUAGCACGAGCGCAGCAAAGGUGCCAGAGCCAGAGCCGGAGCCAGCGGCAGCGGAGAGCACAUUCUCCAAGAUUUCGAGUUCGAAUCCACACACAGAGCCAGACAACGAUCCAGCGACCACUACUCGCAUCCAGUUCCGUCAUCCUACUGGUCGUGUGAUUCGUCGCUUCAAUCUCAAUGAUCCAGUGCGCCGGAUCUACGAGUGGCUGAAGGCUGAGCCUUUGGAGGGCAAGGAGGGUGUCGAGUUUGAAUUGAAGAAGAUGCCACAGGGACAGGAUCUCAUUGAGAACCUGGAUGCUACGAUUGUGGAUCAAGGCUUGAAACAAGGGACAGUCAUGAUCGAGUUCAUUGAGGAGUAAUUAGACAACAGUCCUAGGGAGAUCAAGACCCAUCUCUGCAUACCUUAGGUCGCCCACGCAGGUCAGGUUUUCGGCAGACUAUUUAGGUAUCAGACAUUUGGAGUUGAGGGCAUUGCUUCGGUUCUGAUAGACCGGCAGGAGUAAAUACCAUUUUUUUCUUGUCUAUU